GGCCGGGUCCGUGGGUGGUGUUUGUCGCGCACCGGCGUCGAGGGGCAGGCUUCCAUGAUGUUUACCCAGUGCACCUGGAAGUGUGCAACCUCUGUGCUCCUGAUUGUGCUGCUGUGCUGCAUCCUUUCUCCUCCAGCACAAGCCAGCAAGAGCUCGGAGGACAUCCGCUGCAAGUGCAUCUGUCCCCCGUACCGGAACAUCAGUGGGCACAUUUACAACAAGAAUGUGUCACAGAAGGACUGCAACUGCCUGCAUGUUGUGGAGCCAAUGCCGGUGCCAGGGAAUGAUGUGGAGGCCUACUGCCUGCUGUGUGAGUGCAAGUAUGAGGAGCGCAGCACCACCACCAUCAAGGUGAUCAUCAUCAUUUACUUGUCCGUGGUGGGGGCACUGCUGCUUUACAUGGCUUUCCUUGUGCUGGUGGACCCCCUGAUCCGGAAGCCAGAUGCUUAUACCCAGCCCCUGCACAAUGAGGAGGAGAAUGAGGAUGCUCGCUCCUUGGCCCCAGCCCCCACCCCAUCUGGUGCUAGAGCCAACACAGUGCUGGAGAGGGUGGAGGGGGCCCAGCAGCGCUGGAAGCGCCAGGUGCAGGAGCAGAGGAAGACCGUUUUCGACCGCCACAAGAUGCUGAGCUAGAUCUUUGCUGAGCUAUGCGGCACCACUUCCCAAGAGACAAGGUAGCUCCGCUGGUCGAGACGGACAGCAAGUCAUCCUUCAGGACAUCCGUGGUGUUUGACUAAAAGCUCUAACCCUCUCUGAUUUACCGUCUUCAUAGAGAGAAGCAGACCAAAACGCUUGCCUCUGGUUUUGUCCCCUUGCCCUUUACCUCUUAGCCCAGAGGCUCCUUAACCCUUGCCCAGCUGAGAUCUGUGCUGAUCGUUAGCCCCGCGGCUGCAUGUAAACGGUCGGUCAUAUGCAGUGCUGCUGCCCAGGUUCAUGGGCUGACUCGAGUGGGGCUGCAGCUCCAGCACGCUGUGCUCGGCUGGACCCUGCGGGCACCACUUGCUGGGACUGAAGUCUCUGUCAGCCCACCCCUGCAUCAGAGACAGGGGUCUCAGUACAGAGUGUUGGAAGCUGGCUGAGUCUUUCUGAGAUGAAAAUAGUGGGAUAAUUUUUAUGUGGGAUAAAUUAUGUGCCACUCCUCCAGGAUGAAGAAGCCUUCUCCUCCUCCAGUUCGCACUGAUGUUAAGUGGGCGUUGUGGUGCUGAAACAAGUGUAUUGCACUGGAAGGAAGAGGAGGGGGUUCCCUGCCAGUGGUCAGCUGCUACUUGCACUUACCCUGGUGUAAACAGAGUGAAUUUCCACUCUCUUCAGUGGAAUCUGUCCAGAUUUACACCAGGAUAACUGAGAUUGCAGCUUGUUUCUGCAUAGGUGAAUAUCACAAAACUGAUCAGUACAUUCACAAGUAAAAGAACAAUAACAGGUAAAAGGUUGAUUUAACUUUAUAUCUUUUCCUGCUUUAGCAGUGGAU